AUGGCCUUUCUCAUAGUUGUUGGCGGCCCCUCUGGAACGGGCAAAUCCACAGUCGGCGAGCGUCUGAGCAGAGAUCUGGACUGUCCGUAUGUGGAAGGAGAUUCAUAUCAUCCGCAGUCAAAUAUCGACAAGAUGUCGCAGGGCAUUCCAUUGACGGACGACGAUCGUUGGGCCUGGCUAGAGAAGCUCACUAAGGUGGGGGUUGAUGCCAUCGGCCAGGCAGGAACUGCUGUAGUGACUUGCUCGAUGCUAAAAGUGAAAUACCGUGAUUACAUCAAGAAAAUCGCCAAACUGGAGAAGCCGGAUAUCAAGGUGUUGAUGCUAUUUCUGUACAACGACUACGAUAUAAUUUACCGAAGAAUGAGCCAGAGAGCAGGCCAUUUCAUGAAAAGCAGCAUGCUUAAGAGUCAAUUCGAUGAUAUGGAGGUCCCGAAGAACGAGGAGGGGGCAUUUGCGAUCUAUUGCGGUGAGAAGUCGCAGGAAGCGAUCGGAGAAGAGGUCCUUCAAAUAGCUAGACAAGUAAUGACAACCCGUGAGUAA